GGGCGGGGCGCGUUCUUUCGAACCCGGCCGCGGGCGCCAUGGCGCGGCCGCUCCGCGGGAAGAACUUCUACCUGGACCUGCCGGCGGGACGCGGUGCUCGAGGCCUGGCCGAGGCCAUCCGGCUCCUGGGCGGGGUGACCGAAAGCUUCCUAAGCAAAGAAGUCACCUACGUGAUUUCCAGCAACAAAGAAGCUAAACGAGACAAAGCCGGGACUCGUACUGAGCCACAGAGCAGCACAACUUCAGAAGAUGCAAAAGCCAUGAGCCCAGCACCUUCCACCUCCAAAGGGAGCCAUGCCAGACCUCACCAGAAGCCACCAGACACUGCCUUGAUCAGCAGGGGGAAGGAACUGCUGCAGAAGGCCAUCAAGAAUCAGAACGCCUGCGGUGGCAGCAGUAUCCUCGCCAACGCUCGCCUGUGGGGAGUCCAGAUCCUGCACGUGGACGAAAUGUUGUCGUACAUCGAAGAGCUGCUGCGCGCCGUCUCAGGAGCAAGGACGCGGUGCCAGAAGACAGAGGCAAAAUGCCUUGUGCCUGGAUCAAAAAUUCACAAAGCAGGAAAACUGAAGCCCCCUUUUGUGAAGAUUGAAGAUGAGAGCAGGCAAUUCCGGCCCUUCCAUCUCCAGUUUAAAACCUUUCCUGACCUGAACUUCCUUGCACCCAAAAGCUCCAGCCCGUUUGAGCCUCUGAAAAGCCCAUCAAAUUCUUGCAAAACCAGGGGUGCGGAAGGCUGCCGGGGGCGCAGCGAGGGGAAGAAGAGCCCCCAAUCCACAGCGGUCACUGCGCCGAAGAAAAGGAAGGGAUUUUGUGAGUGCUGCCAAGAGACCUUUGAAGAGCUGCAGAAGCAUCUCCAGAGCCCCCAGCAUAAGCGGUUUGCACUGGACGACUCCCAGUACGCCCCUGUGGAUCGUGUCAUCUCGCAGCUCACCAACAACUUUGUGGAGAAGUCAGCCAAGAUGCCACAACUGACAGAUGAACGCUUAGUGCCUCGAGCACAAGUUACUGGAGGAACUGAGAUGCUGACAGCAAACAAAAGGCAGCGGCCUGAGCACAGUGCUGGGGAAGUCUUAAUUGAUAUGGAGCGUGAUCGUGGCCUGAAGACCAAGGGAUGUUCCCCUUGCCUACCCAGGGUCAGUAAGGGCAGAGGAGGAGGAAGGCUGUUGGAGAACAGCUCUGCAGGGCUGCCUGUUGGAGCAGGACUCGGCCGAGGGGGCUGUGCCGCAAGUGGCCCCACGGAGGAAUCUGCGGUGGGGGAUGCAGAUCUGGGUUUGGCUCCUGAGCUGGGCUGGGGGACUCGCGUAGCAGCCGCUCAUGUGGGAGAGGCAAUUGUUUCUUCAUCUGAACCUGGUAACUAUCAAACGCUUGGGUCUAUUGGCCGUUCUCCACUGCUGGUCUCCAGGAAACGCGGGCUCUCCUCCGGACAGAGCACCCAGGUGGAAAAGAAGCCCAGGCUGGAGCUGGGUGGUGACCUCUCUUCGUGUAAGCAGAGAAGCUCAGCGGAUGGUGGGAUAAGAGCGUGGGGUGCAGGACAGAUGUCUGAGCCACGCCUGCCCGGUGUGGUGGAAGCUGGCAGCUUGUCUCUAAGCAUGGAAUUCUCCAAGGGACCUUGCAGCUCCCUUGGUUUGGAGCUGUGCCAGUGUGGGAGCCCUGGGGACCCUGUGUCACAGCCGGGAUCCCCUGAAGCUGCGUCUGUGGGGUUUGGUCGCUCAGAGGCUGCUGCAGUCAGCGAGCGUGGCUGGAGUAGAGUGAACCUGAGUUCCCAAGGGAAGCAGCUCAGAGGAGAGAAUGAAAACACACCCAGUAAUGCGAAUAGUCCGGAUCUGGAGAGCACAAUGAGCAAGACCAGCUGUCAUACUGGCCGGUUGCCCUCUCCAAAACCGCCCGUGGCUGAAGGCAGAUGCUGUUCGCUCUGUGUCAGAGCAGCACAAAAAAUAGCACCCGAACUACCUGACCUCCCAGGCCAGAGCCAAGAGCAGGCUCCCUGCCCCGGCGUCCUCCAGCCUCUUCCACCCAGCACCCAGGCUGAUCCCAACUGCGGCAAAAGCUCUUCGGAGUCUGACUGGGAUGUUCAGCUGCUCUCCACGAUAUCGGGUAUCCAGGACAGCAGGAUUCAGUCCGUGGACAGGGACUUGCUCCUCAGGACACAUGUCAACGUGAGGGACAGUGGCUACGAGUCUCAGCUCUGUUCAGUUCUGAAGCAGAAAUCGGAGCUCACCUGGACAGGCAAAGAGAAUAACAACUGCCGUAACUGCAUCCCAGAGGCCAAAGGAGCCUCUUUUCCCAUAUUUGAGACCUCUUUUGGCAGCUGGACUAGUUAGAGCCCCCUCCUGGCUCUUCUCUGGGCCCUCACUGGGAGCCGUGAAGCAACUAGAAGAGGAUUUAAUGAGCCACCCUCCCCGUCAGGACCAUAACAGCCAAGAUCCAGAACGAGGACUGUCGGCUGCAUGGUGGUCUCCGUGGUGCCAUGGUCAACUCGUUGGGAGCUGAUGGGUGAGGCGAUGGUUUCGCUAUCCUUGGCUCUGACGGGCUGGGAUCUUCCCUCCUCUGCUGGUGUCAUUUGGAGCCGAGGCCUUCCUCCUGUAGCCCCUCAUGGGCCUCCUGGCAAGAUGGUCUUUCUCUGGAAGCAUCUGUUCAGCAGGAACGUGCUCUUUGCCUUUCCAGACUGAGAGCACGGCCUGUUUCUCCUCUUGCCCAGUCCUUGGAGGUGCAGAGGUGGGGAGAAGAGGGCUCGGGAUGAGACUUCUGCGUGCUUCAGGGUUGCUGGCUCUCAGUGUUCGCAGCUGUUUGGUAUCGACUUGUUGAAGGGGUUGUUUGGGUUUGGUUUUUUUUUUUAACGAACUUUUAAGCUUUGAAAUAAAAUGGAAGAUGAGAUCCUGCUCUGCU